UCUCUCUCUCUGCGUCCCCUCCCUCCAAAAAACCGAGAAAACGGGAAGAGGAAAAGAGGGAUAUGGAGAGGGGGGAUCAUCUUGGGAAUUUAAGCGCAAUAAUGCUCACGGCGGCGGCUCCUUCUCCUCCUCCUUUUCUUCUUCUGCAAGAUUCCUGUCUGGCCUUCUGCUACUCUUUGUCGACCGGAGUGCUGUGUUCUCUCGGAGUGGGGAAAAGCCCAUGGAGCGCAGUACGAAGGUCAUCAGGCCAGACGUUGUGGACACGAUGCUGAGAUGGUCGAUCGAGGACGUGUUCAACGAAGAUCUUUUCAAGGAUAAGGUUUCGCGAAUUCCAUCGACAUUUCCUUUGCUUGUGCAUUACCUUGGAUCAUUCAUCUUCCCGCUGAUGGAGGAAGCACGAGCCGAGUUGUGCUCCAGCUUUGAAGUUGUCUCCAAGGCACUGAGAGGGGACAUACUAGUAGCAGAAGAGUGUCCUGACCGUGGUCGUCCUUAUUUCAAGAUUGUGAUUGGUCAUUUGGAAUCCAGAGGAGAACCUGAUGGCGAACUUGCAAAGCCAAGGAACGGAGAUCUUAUCAUCUUGUCGACCAUCAAACCGAAACAUAUAUCUGACUUUAGGAAGCACGGUACAUCUUAUGCUUUUGCUGUUGCUUCCGGGAUGCCGCCAGAUGAGAAGGACAUAGAUGCUGAGGUCAUAGAUGAUCCUAAUGGGCUAUAUGAGAUGACAGUUUAUGCACCAAAAUGGGUUGGGGAAGCCACGUUUCUUUAUGCCGUCUUCCUUACAAACUUGACCACUUAUGAUAGGAUUUCGGAUGCAUUGAACUUUGAGAUUUGCCAGGGUAGGAACAUGAACAUCAUCGGACAGUUACUGAAUACCAAGUCAAUGUUGGCGACGGAUGGUUGUGAGAAAUGCUCUUCGGAGCAUGUUGACAGGAGCAUGGAGAAAGAGAUAGGCAGUGAAUUAAGGUCGUCGAGGCUGAAUGGGUCGCAGGUUGAGGCUGUCGUGUCUGCGUUAGUGGCUGCAUCUUGCACUCACUCGAAUUUGGUGAAGCUCAUCUGGGGCCCCCCUGGCACGGGCAAGACAACCACCAUCUGUAAUCUCUUGGAGAGACUUUCGGAGAUGACUUACGGCACUCUCACCUGCGCCCCAACAAAUGUUGCGGUCAUGGAGAUUGCUUCGCGUCUGGUUAAAUUGGUCAGAAAGUCACGCGAGAAACUUGGAAAUGGAUUCUCUUGUUGUCGCUUGGGAGACAUAUUGCUGUUUGGCAACAAGGAAAAGAUGAAGGAGAGGGUGAAAGCUGAUCGUGACCUCCGGGACAUAUUUCUUGACACAAGGGUUAAGAAACUGGCUGCCUUCUUCUCUCCAACUACUGGGUGGAAGCGUUGGUCAACAAUCAUGAUUGACCUUCUCAAGGAUCCCACAGUACAGUACCAUAAAUUUCUGGAGGAGAAAAAGCGGAAAGCCCUUUGUGCAAAGGAAGACAAUGUCGAACAAGAAGACAGAGGUAACGCAGAAGGCGAAGGUAAGGGAGCUGGUAAAGGUGAACAGACAGUUCUUAGUUCUCGAAUCAAACGGAAGGAAGAAGAGAAAGCUGGUGAGCAAGGGACGGAUGAAGUCAUCGAUAAAUGCGAAGAAGGCAGUGACGGUCAUGAAGAAGUUAGUUUCCGGCAGUUUCUGACCGAAAGUUGUGACAGAACUAUGAUUCGACUCGAGGAACUUGCAGCUACCUUCUAUACCGAUCUCACUGUGCCCUUUAUUCCAAAAGAUGGUCUCCAGAUUAUCAAGGAGCUUCUUAACAAGUUUGCAUCUUUUAAACAUUUACUACGUGUUGCUAACAGUAAUGAGGUUGCUCUGGAGCUUCUAUUUACUUGUCUUGAAGAGGCUGAAGAGUCUGGCAUUGACAGGAAGUUCGAUGGUCUCUGUCUACAAUGGACUACUGAAGCUGAGCUUUUGCAGACUAGAAAAGAAUGCAUUAGCAUUCUCGAGUAUCUUGACAAUGUUAUGAAAAUGCCAGAUGUGGUUACCCGUGAUUUCUUAGAGCGUUUAUGCCUGAGUGCUUCCCUACUAUUCUGCACCGUUGGGAGCUCUGCUAGGCUGCAUCGUUUGCCAAUUCAUCACCUGAAACUCUUGGUCAUUGAUGAAGCAGCACAACUUAAAGAAUGCGAAGCACUAAUAGCAUUGGAGCUUCAAGGCUUACAGCACUCGGUUCUUAUAGGGGACGAGUUGCAGUUACCAGCAGUAGUCAAGAGCAAGAUCUCAGAGAAAUCGGGGUUUGGAAGGAGCCUAUUUGAAAGGAUGAGCCUGCUGGGCCACCGCAAACACUUGUUAAACGUGCAAUACAGAAUGCACCCAGAUAUAAGCCUUUUUCCAAAUAAUAAAUUCUAUAAAAAGAUGAUUUUGGAUGGAGAAAAUGUCAAGCAAAGAAGUUACGAAAAGCGCUAUCUUGAAGGCCGCAUGUUUGGGACCUUUUCGUUUAUAAGUGUCACUGGUGGGAAGGAGGAAAAGGAUGCGAGAGGCCACAGCUGGAAGAACGUAAUGGAGGCUUCUGUGGUCUGCGAUAUCGUUGAAAGGCUUUUUAGAGUUUGGAAUCACGCAGCUACAAGACUGAGCAUCGGUGUCAUAUGCCCAUACACCGCUCAGGUUGCUAUUCUUCAUAAGAAGCUCUCCUGCAGGUACAAGAUGUGCGGAAACUUUUCCGUUGAAGUCAAAUCGGUUGACGGCUUCCAAGGGAGCGAGGAGGAUGUCAUAAUCCUUUCCACCGUGAGAUCCAACAAUGGUGGAUCAAUUGGCUUCUUAUCCAAUCUCAACCGUACGAAUGUAGCGCUAACAAGGGCUAGGCACUGUUUGUGGAUCGUUGGAAAUGGAAACACUCUGAGCUUGAAGCCCUCCAUAUGGAGAGAUGUAGUCAAUGAUGCCAAAAAACGUCGACGCUUCUUCAGCGCUGAAGAGGAUGAUUUCCUGACGAGAGCCAUUCUUGAUACCAACCGUGAACUUGGCCGCGUUGAUAAGUUUGUUGGGAGAGAAUCUAAUCGCAGUCGUUGGAAUUCUAAGGGUAAGGAGAAUGCUGCUGAAGAGCUUGAGUUAUCCAAUCAGUUUGAUCAGCUUCAUCUGCACAAGGCGUCCAGUUCAUCUUCUUCCUUUCGGAAAAAGGAAUCUUCAAAGAAGCCGGAUUUUGAUGUUGCAGAAUGCAAAACCCAGUGAUAAACUUGAGAAAAGUGGCCGGGGCAAUCUCUCCUUCUCUUGCUCUCUCUUUUUCCGUAACUCAAUAGAGCUUACAUAUUUUCAACUGCUGACCAUACAAUAGAUGCUUACAAUUUUGUCUCCUUAUUGCUUUGGUUCAUGGUAAUCAAAAUGUUAGGUAUAAUAUGGGAUGGACGUAA